GGUCUAGGAAACCGAGUGCCCGCCGACGUUAUUGGAGUGGGCCUUAACCGUAAAUCCCGGCCGGCAGAUAGAAUUUUAUCUGUUAUUGGGAGGGUUUACCGUAUUGCAGGCACUUGUCUAUGUAUUUAAUGUAGGAUAAGGAUCAAAUGCUUAUAACAUGGAAAGUGUCAGAAAUCUGGAAGAUGAAACAUUUCCAAGCUUUCUGUUGCAGUCUGAGAGAGGCAAUAGCAGUGAAAUUCUGGGAAAUGUUACUGUCUCAUCAAAUUUUGGACUGCCUAUGGCUGCUUCAACAGUUGCUAAAAACAAAUCUGACUUGGGGAACAGAGCACCAGAUGUUCAAUCUUCAUACUUGGAAGAAGUAAGAUUUUCUACAGUGGAUACACAUUCAUCUAAUGUUUUGAACUCUGAAACCUGUCAAAAGUUUGCACUUAGUUUCAAAGAUGAGUUAGAACAUGUUGAUGACUUUCUUGAUGCUCACUGUAUUCCUGAUGUGAUGGAAAAGCACUUGGAUGAAUUUGGUUCCUUGCUCUCAAAAGUAAAUCCGCAACAUGCAUUACCAGGGCAACACAACAAUGCACAAGAGAGUUCUCCUGUGUUGGAUUGUUUGACUGAUAAUGAGAAAGGAAAUAAGGUUGAUGACCCAAAGGACCCUGGAACAUCCCCUGGAACGAAACAAACGGAUGAGGAUUUGGACAUUAGACGAUACAGCGACAGUCUAGCUAGUUUGUUAGAAGAUGAAAGGCUGUUGUCGCUGGCUAGUUUAGAAGACCAGUCCACAGAUGAUGAGUUUGAUGCUGAAGCAUUUGGUGAUGAGAGGCUGGACGUUUAUUUCAAACAGUUGGUCCCGCCAGGAAUGCAGAGGGGUCAUACUGAAGGACAAGAACUCCCCGAAGUCCAUGCUGCACUUCGAGUACCCAGUAAUAAUCCAACCAGAUGGCACCAGGAUAAUUUUCAAGUGCCUCCUGUUCGACAAGCAGCUACUGGAAUGGAUUCUGCACCAUCAAGUGGUGAAUUGGAGGCCGUCCGACAGAGUACUUUGCAAGGACAGUUGUUGAUCUCUAGUUCAGCAAGGCAAUUGCUUCGAGAGAGCAAUCAUCCCAGCUUUAGACCAGGACUGGAAGGUGGUAGUUCUGAUGAGUCUAUUGGACCACUUGAUGAAAUAAAUGAUGUUGGAUUUGAAUUUAGAAGAAGAGCAGAGGGUCAGGUCAUAAACUCACCAGUUGUGGGUGAUGGAGGUGGUGGAGGGGAUGGUAGUAGUGGAAGUGAAGAUGAUGGAAACAUUGGUGUAUCAGCUCGUCUUUCUAAUUCUACAAUCUAUGGUGAUCGAUGGGGAUGUGAAAUGGUGAACAGAAAUGUAGCUGGCGAAGAAGGUGACCAUGAUAGUACAGUGACUGUUUCCUCUAAUACUGCAACACUUGAAAAUUUGCGAGGCCUCGGAAUAAUGGACAGAAAUGUUGCUGGUCAAGAUGAACCACUAAGUGUGCCUCCAUCAGGAGGGAAUAGGGAAUUUAUUGCUGCUCAAAAUGAGGCAGCGGGUCGGUUAGAUCCUCUAGGCAAUGGAAAAGUCAUCACUGCGGUUCCGGGAAUACCUCUCAAUUUAUCCUCCAGAAGAAGUUCAACGCGACACCACCAGGAAGCUUCAGAUGUUAUAAAUACCAGCGUAUAUGAUGAACCGAAGCUGGAUUCUGUAUAUUUUCGUCCUGUAAGUGGCAAUGUUACCACAGAUGACCAGUUAUUUUCUACAGUCCAAGGCACACCCUUUCGUCUUUCACAGAUUACCUGCACAUCUUCUGGAAAUGACGUCACGGAUCUGAGAGAUGGACCUUCUGGAGACACAGUCGGCCACAUGGCAGCCAGAGGAAGAGGUGAUGCUGAUAAGACCUUAAGUGCUGAUUCAGGUCCACCUCUUGCUGCUGCCUACUUAUCACCUGUGAAUCCAGAUGGAAGUACAAGUGAGACGUGGACCGACUCUUCAAAAAGCUCUCCUUUUCAUAAGCAGCGGAAAGCUGAUUGGAAUGCUGGGUGUUCCCAAUGGGAUAAUGAGAAAGGUGAGACACAAAGUGUGGUUUACCAAAAUGAAGAAGGAAACUGGGUGACAGAUCUGGCUUAUUAUUAUUCAUUGGACAAAGAACAGGAUCAGUUCAAUCUACCAACUGAUUUAGUCAAUAGUAUUCAAGAAGAAGCAUUUAUAACUGGCAACAAAGCUGUUGCAUUGAUUGAAGAAGAUCAGGAGCAGUUUGAGGAAGAAAACAAGUUCAUUCAGGAUGACAAAAUGGAUGCCACCUUUACUGAAGGAUUGCUUGGAAAUGAUUCCUGGCAGCUUCCAGCUAAUAGCUACUUGAUGUUGAGAGCAUCACGGGCAGGGUCUGACUUUAUGCAAGGCAGUCAGAGUUAUCUCCGUCUCACUCUGGGCGAAUUCUUUGGUGAGAGAUCAGAGGCUCUUGGAUGUCUUGGAGAACAAAACAGUGGCAUAAAACGGCCUUCAUUUGGAUAUUCCAUAACAUCACCAGAGCGGAGAGCACCUGUUGCUUUAUUUGAACCUGAUUUGUCAAAAGACCACAGUGAAACUCCUGAGCUUGGCAAUGACAAUGCACUUCAUUCAGUUGAGCCUGCCAGCAAGGGUGGUGUCAUUUGGCAUGCUGACCUCUACGUUGCACAGGCAAAACUUCAGUUGUCAGGCAAUACCUCCUAUCUCCCCUGGGCCAUGACACCACCUUUGAACACCAGGCUAUUGAGCCAUUUAUUAAUUCUUGUGAGUCCAAAUCCUUCUCUCAUUGCUAAACCUUCUGCUGUACCAUGGAGUGGAAAGAUCUAUGUGCAAUGUGACAACAUACAGCAGUUAAUUAAAGUACAAAUCCGUGAAGAUGUUAUAAUGGACACUUCGGCAUCUGUGUUAAGCCCGUCUGCUGUGCUAGAUAUGGAACCUUGGACCCCUAACCUUAAUUUGGCAAAACCUCUGUUAAUAUCUCCUCCUACUAAACUAAAGAUUAAGAACAGAACUGUGCACUUUCCCUCAACAUCAGCUGGGUCUACUUCAGAGUCAUUAUUGGAAAUUGAAAAUGGUGGGGAAGAAACUGUGCAGUGGUUUUUAUCUUCAUUUGCACCACCAUAUGUAAAGUGGGUGGAUGAGAGCGGAGACAUUUACAGAGCGACCUAUACAGUUUUUAGGUGCUCUAGAUUGUCUGGAACACUGCAGGCACUCAGUAAAGAGAAGUUGCCAAUUAUGUUUAUGCCUCGAGAUAAAGGUGACUAUUCUCAGUUCUGGGAUUUGGAAUGUCGUCUGGCUGCUGAACCACACAGGAAGCACAAGAUUCAGUUUCAGCUUCAUGGAGCGGGGUCAAAAGCUAAGGAGAGCUCCAAGGAAACUGAUUCAGCCACAAAACUGGUGAAAACUGAAACAGCAAUGAAAACCAGGAAAUCUAUAUCAGAAAGAUUGGCCAGAAAAGGACAAGAACAGCCACCUUUCAAAGGUGUAUUUGCUCCUGAGGAUCUGUACUCGUUUCCAGCAACACCUGUUGGAGAAUCAAGCACAUUAAAGAUUAAUUUGCGCAAUAGUUCAUCUGUUGCGCAUAUGUGGCUUGGAUGUUUGCCAGGAAACUCUGAUGUUUCAAUCUCACCUGAAGUCCAGCAUGUCUCCUGUGUUACCUGAGUAGUUAGAUGGCUGCUCCUAUUCGAUCUUGGGUGUCGGUGAGGAAACUCUGGAAGGCAAGUGUGUUAUCCCGAUGGGCUCCUGGGCACCAGUUGUGGCCUUGAGUGUUGCAGGGGGGAUCUUGUGGCCAGUUCACUCGGGCCUCCUCGAUGUCACAUCACUGUGUUUCUUGUUCCCGCGCUGGUCGAGCCUUGGUUUGGUCUUGGUUUUCAUGAGAUUGGGAAGUCAGGCCUGUGAGAGGUCGGAAGGCUUCUUGGCUUGUGGUUCCAGUGUCGGCGAGGUAUGUAGGUUCUUCCAAUGGGUUCCCGGGCACUAGUUUCGUUCACAAGCGCUUCGAGGGUGGGGGGGUGGUUUCUUGCAGCCGGUCUGGCUGAAUCACUGUGGGGUUUGGUCAUGCUCGCAUGCUGGUUGGGCCUCGGUUCCAGGUUUCCAGUUCCCCUGAGCUUGUGAUUCCAACAUCAGUAAUUUGAGCCUCGUUGGUUAUAGAAUGUUUAAACCUGUAAGUAGAUUUAAGCGAACAUUGUUAUUAAUUCUGAUAUACAUAGAAUUGAGGAUUAGAAGAGCAGAAUGAUUAUAAGAUAUGUAAGAAUGAGAUCUGCUGUAGACAGUUCGCAAAACAUCACCAUCUUUGGGUCUUUGAAUGUUUGUUUUUACCAUCUUACCUGCCAAUAUAUGCGGAAAGGAGUAGAUAAGAAUUCUCUUCCUUCUCUCUCAUCGGAGACAGUUCAGAGAAGGUUCGUUGGAACGUUCCCCGGUAUGGAGAGAUUGUCUAAUGAUCAAAGGCAGAACAGGUUGGGACACUACUCACUGGAGUUUUCUUAUGAGAGGUGAUUAUAAUUGAAAAUUAUAGGAAAAUAAGGGGCUUGACAGAGUAAAUACUAAAAAGAUGUUUCAUCUCAUGGGAGAGCCUAGGACCAGAGAGCACAGUCUCAGAA